ACGGCCACACGGACGAAAUCAAGGAGACGCAGCUCGAGGCGGUCUGCUCGGUCCCUCAGCGCGGAGACAGACGUCGCGUUCAGGCCUCCAGGACUCCCUCCGAACUUUGUGUUUGUCCAGGAGGUUUUACUGAUAAAGUUUGAGUUUGAAGCGUCUCCCACGGCUGUGAUGAUGGCGGCGGAUCAGACUGUGGCCGGAGUCCCCCCUUCACUGUCUGCCAGAGUGGUCGGGUCGUUCGCUUAUUUGACCAUCAGAGACAGGCUGCCGACCAUCCUGACUAAAGUUAUAGACACGAUACAUCGCAACAAAAACAAGUUCUUUGAAGAAUAUGGAGAGGAGGGCAUCCAGGCAGAGAAGCAAACGAUAUCUCUGCUGUCUAAGCUGAGGAAUGAGCUGCAGACGGAUAAGCCGGUGCUGGUUCUGACAGACGGCCUGCCGGACACAGAGUUCUGGAACCAGUACCUGCACAGACAGCAGAGACUGCAGGGAGACCAGGAGUCCGUCAGCUGGUUCAAGUCUCCCUGGCUUUAUGUGGAGUGCUACAUGUACCGCAGGAUCCAGGAGGCCCUCCUGCUCAAUCCACCCAUCAGUGACUUCGAUGUCUUUAACGAGGGAAAGACUCAGAGCUUCUUUGAGUCUCAGCAGGCUGUGAUGGCCUUAUGCACAUACCUGGAGGGUGUCAACAAGAACAUGGAGGAGCUCUCUAAAAAUCAGCUGUUUGAGCAUUUCAGCAGACUCCUACAGGUUUCUCUAUGGGGCAACAAGUGUGAUCUGUCUAUCUCUGCUGGACAAGAAAACUCCCAGAAGACCAGUCCAUUAGAUUCCCUCAGCGCCUUGCAGCCCUUCAUCUUGGUGGACGACUCUAACGUGGUGUGGUCGACGCUUACUGCUGCCCAGAGGUCGGGCCAGCCAGGAGGCACCGCUGCAGACAGAGUGGACAUUGUGCUGGACAAUGCUGGUUUUGAGUUAGUCACUGACUUGAUCUUUGCAGAUUUCCUGGUUUCCUCUGGCCUCGCACGUCAGAUCCAUUUUCACGGCAAACUCUUCCCGUGGUUCGUCUCUGAUGUCACAGCGAAUGAUUUUCAGUGGACCAUUCGGCAGACCAUGGCGGCCAAUCACAAGUGGAUGUCCAAGAGUGGCGUCCAGUGGCAGACCUACGUGAAGCAGGGCGUGUGGCGCUACCACGACCAUCCCUUCUGGACACAGCCCCAUGAGUUCUGCGACAUGGCGGCCGAUGCUCCCGACCUGUAUGCGGCGCUGCAGGGGGCAGACCUGGUGCUGUUCAAAGGGGAUCUCAACUACAGGAAGCUGACGGGGGACAGGGACUGGGACCACACAGCGGCCUUUAAGACUGCGCUGCGAGGCUUCGGGCCGGCACCACUGUGUAGCCUGAGGACUCUCAAGGCCAACGUCCAGGUCGGUCUGCAGCCGGGCCAAGGGGAGAAGCUCACCUCCCAAGAUCCAAACUGGAUGACCAGCGGCCAGUACGCUGUCAUUCAGUCGUACAACCCAAAGUCAGAAUAGUAAGACUGAGCUCAGGAUCGCACGGGGAGGACUUGGAUUUAGAAGAACGUUCAGCGAGGAGUUACCUUAAAGCCAUAAGACAAUUUACUUCUAAGUCUGUUCACGGUGUCUUUGCUCCUUGUCAUCUGUCAGCACUCGGUCAGGUGUGAUACAGAAAUGUUUAACAAUUGUUUCCACUACAGGUUUAUUCCAUCUCAUGUUUGAAAUGUUAGCACUUUGAGAGGAGAUGCUUCACCGUGAUUGAAACUCCACAACCACUGUUUAUGUUCAGAUUUAUCCUCUGGAGUAACAUAUCAAGUCUGGCUUCCUGUCGCAGACGCCCAAAACGCUGAGCAGCCACAGUUUAGUCCUGAUGUUUACAGAGUGAUGUAGAUGCCGUUAACACGCGCUGAGGUAAACGUGAAUAACAGUCGAGCUUAAUAAAUGCUAGAGCAGUAAAACAUUUGCAUGCAGGUGAGCGGAGUGAUGAUAAAUCUAGUUUAUAGGUAUUUUUGUUUCUAUUCAGCUCAGGUUGUUUUACUGUUGCACUCAUUGAUAUGCAUGCAUCACAUCGAGCAGGCAGCCACUGAAUCAAUAAAGCCGAUCAUGACAUCGUCUGAUGACUGUGUUCCUCAGUUUGCUGGAUGAUCCAUGUGUGUGUAGAUAAACGUGGGUGUCUGUGUGCACACUGUCAUGUCGUUUAAAACCUCGCUGUCACGUCCAACACUUCAGAGGUGAUGUUAACUGGACUCUGUGCUGCUGGAGGAAUUAAUUGUUUUUAUUUAAUAAAUGACUCUAACUUGUUCUUUC